CUAUCUGCAUCGCUAUUGGUUUUCCUUCCUGCCUGUUUCACCAGAAUCCCAUCUGAGAUCGACACAGCAGACUGUACGACCUAAAAUAAGAUAUUUUCUGUGGUAAAAUUACGGUUUCUUCGUGGCAAGGCAAAAGGCAACGGCUGGAGUUAACGCGGUUGAAAAUCAUCCAAGAGUUCGUCUCCCCAGCGGUGAUGCUUGUGGCGUAGGCUCAGGGUGUGUCUCACCUCCCAUGGCUGUUACCACCAUGGACCCAGAGUCAGCCUGCACAUCACAGCCCCAGGGCUCCCUUGGUAAAAGUGGGGGCUCCCUGCUAUCUGGCAGGGGUUUGGUGGCAGCGCUCACCCCUCGAGGGAAGCACUAUGCGUGUGGUUCCAUAGCUGCCUUCACCAACAUCAUGGUGACAUUCCCCAUCCAGAAAGUUCUGUUCAGGCAGCAGCUGCACGGUGUGCGGGCCAGAGAGGCUGUCGGACAGCUCCAACGGGACGGGAUGAGGAACCUCUACAGGGGGCUGCUCCCUCCUCUUCUCCAGAAGACCACCACGGUAGCCAUCAUGUUCGGCCUGUACGAGGACUUCUCCCAUGUCUUACUGGACCAGGUGUCCACAGGCAGCGGCAUUCCCGAGCUGGUGACGCGGAGCUUCGCAGCUGCACUGGCAGGCACGGCAGAGGCUGCCCUGAUGCCGUUUGAGCGGGUGCAGACUCUCCUCCAGGACCACCGGCACCACGGCCGCUUCCACAACACGGCCCACACCUUCCGGACGCUCCUAAGCGAGUACGGUGUGAAGGAGUGCUACCGCGGCCUGGUGCCAGUCUUAAUAAGAAACGGUCCCAGUAACAUGCUGUUCUUCGGGCUCCGCGGGCCCAUCAAGGAGCAGCUCCCUGAGGCCUCCAGCCGUGCCGGCCACCUGGUCAAUGACUUUGUGUGUGGAGGGGUGCUGGGGGCAGCGCUGGGGAUCAUGUUCUACCCGCUGAACGUGGUGAAGUCCCGUGCCCAGUCCCAAGUUGGGGGUGCGUUCCGGCCUUGUGGGGAGGUGUUAAUGAUGGUUUGGCGGGAGAGAGGCGGCAGCGUGGCCAUGCUGUUCAGAGGGGCCCACCUCAACUACCACCGCUCCCUUCUCUCCUGGGGCAUCAUCAACGCCACAUACGAGCUGCUGCUCAAAGUGUUCUGAUAUGGAACGGGGGAUAGAAAGAGGGGGAGGUGUAGAAAGAGGGCGUGAGAGAAAAAAUGAAAGACUUGGGUAAGUGUUGUUUGAGUGUGAGGAUGAUCGCGAUUUUUUGUUGUUUUAUUGGAUCCCCAUUAGCUGUUGCACAAGCAGCAGCUAUUCUUCCUGGGGUCCAUACAGAACAUCAAUAGACAAGAACAGCUCAAGGACAGAACUACAUUAAAAAAAAAAAACACCUAUAGCAUUCAUAUCAAUGCAUACACACAAACUAGGUCAAAUAGGGGAGAGGCGUUGUGCCGCGAGGUGUUGCUUUAUCUGUUUUUUGAAUUGAUGCUGUCUCUCGUGUUUGGCACUUGAAACUGAUGUGCCCACUGCCUACCCAAAAAUGUCCAGAUAGUUUGUGGGGGGUAAGUGUCUACGGCAAGCAGAAGAGGACAAAGGGUAUCUGAAAGGUGAAGUUUCUCUACUGACAAUGGCCAUCGGGUCUGUGAGAUGAAUUGCCGGUCUUGUUUAAAGUCACAGUAUCAAAGUGAGAGGUCUGGGUCCAACGAAAGCCUUCAAUCUGUUUUUUAUUUUUAUAAAUGUAUCACUUGAAAUGGAUUUGACAAAUGAUUGACAUUCUGUAAGUACCUUUCCCAUUGUAGUCUGAUGUGGUACCCAACAAAGUUUCACAGGCAGUUUCACGGGGGGAAGCCUUUUCAGUGACCAAGAGCACCUCUUAAAGAACUGUUCAUUGUACUGACCAGUAUUUCUGUGUGCAUUGAUUAUUAGUCCCUUCAACCCCUGCUUUCCCUGCUCUGGUUCUCUGACUGUGAGCUCUGCUAUUUACCAUGUCAGUCAUCUUGCAUUAUGCACAGAUUUGACCAUAUGCGGCGUACGACCCUAGCGGCUUGCGGUGUACGACCCUAGCGGCUUGCGGCGUACGACCCUAGGGGCUUGCGGCGUACGACCCUAGCGGCUUGCGGCGUACGACCCUAGGGACUUGCGGCGUACGACCCUAGGGACUUGCGGCGUACGACCCUAGGGACUUGCGGCGUACGACCCUAGGGGCUUGCGGCGUACGACCCUAGGGGCUUGCGGCGUACGACCCUAGGGGCUUGCGGCGUACGACCCUAGGGGCUUGCGGCGUACGACCCUAGGGGCUUGCGGCGUACGACCCCAACUGUGUUUGUCCUGUAGGUAUAGCGCUCGCCAGCUUGUAGUCCUAAAACACGGAAAUGAGUUACCUCUGGUUCGUUCAGCCAUUCCUUUGGGGAAAGUGAAUGGGGAAUGACUAUGGUUUGGGGUAAACGCCGAAAAUAAGGUCAGCAUUUAACACAGGCUUAGAAGAUCUUAUACGUUGUGUUCUAUGCGAUACCAUGUCAGUUAACAGGACCUUUAUGAAUUAUGAAGACUGUGCUUUUUUUAUUAAAUAAAUGCGUCAAUUCACAAGUGACAUUAGCUGAUGAAGAUUAUCUCAUAGAACAAAAUGACAAAAAUCUUCUAAGCCUGUGUAUACCACAGACCUUUAUCCAAAAACCCUACAAAAACUAAAUUUUGCCAUUGCCAUGGUUCUUUGGACAAAGCCUGAGUUAGUGCCUACCAAAAUACGUUGUUACUGUUGCUCUCUAUAGUGCUCUCUUUUACUUGAAGGAUGAUUGGAAAAAGCAGUAGCUUAGAAGCACAGGAGAACUGGACUAGGGAAGUGCUAUAUUUCUUCACUGUUAUGUCAUCCAAUGCCAAUCUAACCUAAUCUUAAAUGUUUGUCAAAUGUGUGUUUAAUUAGCAUAUUCCCGAAGUGCAACUUGUAGUGUUUGUCUGUCAAAGUGUUGACAAGUACCCAUUGGUUUAAGUAUAAUUAAAAUGUACUUGUUACCCAUAA